AUGGUCCAUUACGGUAGACAUAUUAUCGUUCCCGGUACUGAUUUAUGUGAAAUCUGUGAUCGUGGGAUCUUGUAUGAACGCAAACGAGGCAAAAAAAUAGGAAAGAAAUUUCUAUAUACCAAUCAAGAUGGAAGAUUUACUUAUCGUCCUAACAAUGUGGAGAAACGGCCACCACAACAAACGACACCGCGACAACGUCGAAAAUCUUAUCAUGCUGAAACAUUGACAGCCCGAUCACGUCCACCAGCUCAAGAUGAAUCUCCAAAACGAGUUGUCCGACGAGCGUAUACACCACCCCAUGACAUUCCACUUUCUUCCCGUGCCCCUCCAGGAGCAACACUUUACCAUGUAGACGAUCCUGUCAUUCAGAGCAGACGACCAUUCGAGGAAGUAACACCGCGGCAACCUCAAAAAACGUAUACAGAACCAGUCACUGCUCGUUCUCGGCCCGUUGUACACGAAGAACCUCCUAAACGAAUUGUUCAACGACCACGUACACCAGUGGAAACUAUUCAACUUUCAUCUCGUGCUCCUCCCGGACCCACACUUUAUUAUAUGGACGAUCCGACAAUUCACAAUACACGGCCCUAUGCAUUAACAACACCACGCGAGCGUCGAAAUUCUUUUCAUACUGAACCAACAACAGCCCGAUCUCGUCCGGUGGUCCAAGAAGAACCUCCGAAACGUACUGCUCGGCGAGCAUACACACCACCUAAUGAUAUUCCACUUUCAUCUCGUGCUCCUCCAGGACCAACACUUUACCACGUGGAUGAACCGAGCCCAACAUCAUAUCGAAAUGGAAUUAUCAACGAAGAACCACGUCAACGUAAUAACGGUCAAGUCCUGCAAGCGCCGCCAACAAAACGACAAACAAAUUCUGAUCCCGACAGCUUCGGCCGUCCCUAUAUAAUCGAUUCCUAUGAUCCACUAAGAAAACCCAAUAUGUAUUAUCUUGAUCAACCUCAACGUGCUAGCCGCUAUACACCAAUGCCUACGACACCGUCUCCGCCGAGAGUUGUCUAUCAAGCAGAUACUCCGAGAAAACAACGUCAACUUGAGCCAGUACCAACGAGAUCUCAUGAAGAACCUGACGUCACAGUCGUUCGACGAGUUUAUAAAAAACUACCAGCAGGUAAGCAAGUACCAACCGAAGAGGAAUAUAUUCCAAAUGGUAAUCGACCAGUACGAAAGGUUGAAGCAUUUUACUUAACACCAGGACAAUCUAAUUCUACAUUGCAAUCAACGUACAGACCAAUGAACACUCCUCUUCCUAACAGAAAUCCAUCGAUUUAUUAUAUUCAGCCUACUAAUGCAUAUUAA